CCAUUUAAAAAAAAUAAUUUCCUUGACAUUUUGUUUACACGUGCGCACGCAUCCUGUGACGUUGCAGAGAGGCCACCGGAUGGUCAUUGACGAACAGGUGCAGAAAAGCGUGAAGUCUGCUGCAGAGUUUCAGUCGGUAAAGGGAGUCGGAUAGCUGUUUGCUCCCUUUAACGUGCUCAACAUGUUGAAAGUUGUUUCCUCUCUAAGUGGCCGCUGUGCUUUAACAGGCCAGUCCUGCUCUCGGUCCGGUUCGGUCAAAUUCCACUUGGCAAGUGGUGCAUUAUGUCAGAAAUCACCCCUCAAGCCCCCUCCCACAGACGUCCCAGAUAUGCCCCCAUGCAAUUUCAAACCAGAGGAAUAUACGGGUAUGUCCAAAGAGCGGAUGAUGGAGAUCCGCAGGCAGACCUGCAACCCCAUGAUCAUGAAGGUUACCUACUAUAAGAAACCAGUGUUCAUCCACCAGGGACACAUGCAGUGGGUGUGGGAUGUGGACGGGAAGCGAUACCUGGAUCUAUUUGCUGGUGUGGCUACUGUCAGUGUGGGCCACUGCCACCCGAAAGUAACAGCAGCUGCAGAGCAGCAGUUGAAGCGACUGUGGCACACUACAAACAUUUACGUCUAUCCUCCUCUCCAUGAGUACUGUGAGAAACUAGCGUCCUACUUGCCAGAUCCUCUCAAGGUGAUAUAUCUGACCAACAGCGGCUCAGAAGCCAAUGACCUGGCCAUGCUGAUGGCUCGACUUCACACGGGAAACUUUGACAUCAUCACUUUCAGGGGAUCAUACCACGGCGGCAGCCCACAGACCAUGGGCCUCACUUCCAACGCAGCAUAUAAAUACCCCAUCGCCAAUGGUUUGGGCUGCACAAAUACGAUGUGUCCUGAUGUGUUCAGAGGUCCGUGGGGAGGAAGCCACUGCAGAGACUCUCCUGUGCAGACCAUCAGAGACUGCGGCUGCGCCCAAGGUCACUGCAUGGCAAAUGACCAGUACAUCGGACAGCUCAAAGAGACAUUUGCUACUAGUGUCCCAAGUCAAAUUGCUGCUUUCUUUGCAGAGCCGAUUCAGGGGGUCGGAGGUGCUGUGCAGUACCCUAAAACCUACCUCAAGGAGGCUUACAAACUUGUAAGAGAGAGAGGAGGGGUCUGCAUUGCUGAUGAGGUCCAGACUGGAUUUGGGCGAACAGGAAACCACUUCUGGGGCUUCCAAGGUCAUGACGUCGUUCCUGAUAUGGUUACGAUGGCGAAGGGCAUUGGUAAUGGUUUCCCAAUGGGUGCUGUUGUUACAACACCAGAAAUUGCGGCCUCAUUUGCCAAGGGGGUUCACUUCAACACCUUUGGAGGAAAUCCUGUGGCUUGUGCUAUCGCUUCAUCAGUGCUGGAUACUAUCAAAGAAGACGGCAUGCAGCAGAACAGUCUUAAUGUGGGCACCUAUCUGAUGACAGAACUGGCAAAACUCAGAGACAAGUAUGAGAUAAUCGGUGACGUCCGUGGAAAAGGCCUGCAGAUUGGUGUGGAAAUGGUCAAAGACAAGGCCAGCAGAGACCCGCUGCCUUCUGAGGCUAUGAGUCAGAUCUUCGAGGACGUAAAGGACAUGGGAAUCCUGAUAGGGAAAGGAGGACUCUACGGACAGACUUUCCGCAUCAAACCCCCAAUGUGCAUCACGAUGGAAGACGCAGAUUUCUUCCUGGCAAUUUUUAACAAGUCCAUCCACAACUACAUGGAAAGAAGAUAAAAGUCAGAUAAAGGCGAGCUGGGUUGCUCAUUACCAAGGAACAAACCUACCUUCUGAAGAAGACUAUACAUCCGUUAUUGCCUUUGCAUAACAGUAAUAAAAAGGGGACUUUUUAACCAUGUUCAACUAUGUUGUAAUUAAAAGACUUAAUUCACUUAAAGCUAGGGUGGGUAAUGUAUUUUAGAAAAAAAGACAGCAAUCAAUCCAUCAAAAAAAAAAAAAACUAGCAAUAGCCAUGUUCGUUGUUUAUGUUUAUAAUGAUCAUUUUUGGUGAGUGGCUUUGGAAGGAGGCCUGAAGGAACUGUCAGGGUUGCCGACUUGCCGGCUUUCUUCAUAGCGUUAGCAACUUUUGGAGCUAGUACUGCUAGCUACCUUUGUUGGAAAAGAGUUGACAACACUGGGCUGGGUUUUUCGGUUGGAUAAUUCUUAAAUUCUUGGGUUCUCUUGCUGGUUUCUCCAAUGUUAGAUUUAAUACACCUCACUAGAUAAACGAGAAAAUAAUCUUGUACAGUGCCUUUUUAACAACUGACUUGAAGUUUACUUUGCUUGGUUCAAUCUGUUGAAUCAUGCUUGGAUGUAACGAUGUAUGAUUGUAAUUUCCGAACACAUGUUUUGUUGCUGAUUAUAGAUGUGAAUGUAAUGAUAAUAAAUCUGUUAGC